AUGCAGGCAACCAUGAAGUCGACAACAUCAGCAAAGCAAUUUAUAUUAUUGCUGGCCGGCAUCGUUGGCAUAUUGGAAAUUGGCUACGUGAAAGCCAAUUCACCGGAAAAUGCUGAACCUGAUGCUGCAUUACAGCAACUGCGUUUGGCAUGUAAAAAGUCAACGAAUUUGUCAGAUGCGGACUUUAAUCUGAUGUUAGCAAAUAAAUUAUUCACAUGGAAUACAAGUGCUAAUGCAGCCGCUACAAUACCCAAAACUGUGAAAUGCUAUACCGCAUGUUUUCUGAAGCGAUCUGAUAUCAUACUUCCCGAUAAUAAAUUGAAUGAGGCACAUAUAAGACAGAUGAUAACUAUGCUCACAAGAAAUCCGAAUAAAGCAAACGCUACGGUUGAGAAAUGUCGGAAUUUUAUUGGAAGUGAUGAAUGUGAAAGAGCCUACGGUUUUGAGCUUUGCUUGAUAGGAGAAACAGGACUUUACUUUUUAUAA